GCCAAUUUCUCACUACAGCGUACUUGGCGGUAAAUAAGUGCAGUCGCUAUUUCUGGUCAUUUCAAUCACCUUUGUCUUGAAGUUUGAAACCCCUCCAUAACCUACAUUCUGGCUAUGGAUCUCCCUGCAGAAGAGGAGCAACCGUUGUAUUCUCAGCGACCUGAGUGGGCCGAUGUCGUUCCCUUAGAGCAGUACGAAAGUGUCGCCCCUCUUGCGCCCAUCUUUUAUACGGAUGAAUACAGAGAUGCCACGAACUACUUCAGAGGGAUCGUCAAGAGCGGUGAGAUGAGUCCCAGGGUGUUGGAGCUCACGGAGAACAUAAUUCGGCAGAAUCCUGGACACUACUCUGCAUGGCAGUACAGGUACAAAACACUUAUGGCAUUGAAGUCUCCCCUCGACGAUGAGCUUCAGCUGAUGGAUGAACUUGCGAUCAAGCAUCUCAAGACAUACCAAGUCUGGCAUCACCGCAGGCUGCUCGUGCAGCAGACUCGCAAUCCCGGCCCUGAGCUCGAGUUCAUCGCUAACUCGUUGCAAGUUGAUACGAAGAACUACCACACGUGGUCGUACAGACAGUGGAUCCUCGCGUACUUCAACGACGACGCGUUAUGGAGUCAUGAGCUGGAUUUCAUGGAGAGCAUGCUUGAAAGUGAUGUGAGGAAUAACUCUGCAUGGCAUCACAGAUUUUUCGUCGUCUUUCAAUCUGGGGUACGAAGUGGGGAUGAAGACAGAGAUGCGGUUGUCCGGCGGGAGCUUGCAUUCGUGAAGGAGCGAAUUGCGAUUGCACCAAAUAAUGCAUCUGCGUGGAAUUACCUGCGCGGGGUGCUUGAUCAUACUAAAAUUUCUUAUUGCGAACUUCAAGCAUUCGUGCUACCUUAUUCUCUGCCACAACCUCCUUUAGGUACACCCCCUGAGGUCGUUGAUCUCGAGAGUCCUCUUCCUUCGAAGAAUUCACAGCUGCCUUGCGUUGCUGCUGUUGAAUUCAUGGCUGAUAUUCACGAGGCAGCAGGGGGUGGUGACUUGGUGAAGGCCACUGAGGUGGGAUACGUACUUUACGAACUUGGCAAAUACCUGACCUAUCGUAGCUUUGGAAAUCCUUGGCAAAUGAGCACGAUACUAUACGCAAGAGAUACUGGGAAUACAGGAUCGCGGAAUCCUUGAAGACUAAAUAAGCUGGUGACGGCUGACAGAUGCCCACCUUAGCACAUCAUCAGAAUUCUUUUCCUUUACGUCGAUCAGGUAAAAAGGGCAUCAUCAAAUACUAUGUGUGGUUUUCGUUGGUUUUGCAUCUCCUCCGCUAAUCAGAAAAGACCCUGCAGUUUAAAGUAUUUCAAGGAGCCUGUGCAAGGUCUCCAAAUGAAUCUAUCAAUAAAUGCGCCCGGAAUCAAAGCUGUUCACUGAGCGCUAGUCUAUACGUUCUAAUUCAGGAGGUUGGUACUUUUCCUCUACUAUGUUCGAGAACCCCUGCUUCUCCCAAUUAAUUCGUCAUUGUGUACCUUCUUUGUACUUCCCAAUCAUCCUUUCGUAUCACCGCAGGCUGUGUCGGCAGCGGACGGAGCUCAUCGCAGUCCAUAAUUUCGAACCCGCUCCCCCCCAAGACCGCUGGAUAAA